AUGGAGACGCUCCAGGGGCUACUGCUGUGGCUGCUGCUGGCCUUGGGCGGGGUGUGGGCAACCAAGGGGCCGCUGCGGCCACUGUGCCGGCCCGUCAACGCCACGCUGGCCGCCGAGAACGAGGCCUGCCCGGUCUGCAUCACGUUCACCACCAGGAUCUGUGCAGGCUACUGUCCCAGCAUGGUCCGUGUGCUGCCCACGUCGGCGCUGCCGCCUGUGCCUCAGCCUGUGUGUACCUACCGCGAGCUGCGCCUUGCCUCCAUCCAGCUGCCUGGCUGCCCACCUGGCGUGGACCCCGUGGUCACCUUCCCUGUAGCGCUUAGCUGCUGGUGUGGGCCCUGCCGCCUCAGCAGCUCUGACUGUGGGGGCCCCAGGGCCCAGCCUGUGGCCUGUGACCGCCCCUACCACCCAGGCCUCCUCUUCCUCUGA